AUGGCCGAUCUCCGCCAAGGUUCUUACAGGAAUCUUGUGCAGAGCCACGAAGAUGUGCUAGACACCCUGCUAGAACAAGGCGUUUAUAAGCCAGUUUUUCUCUACCAUAUUGUGAUUUUCAACCUUCUGCCGCUCAUCGGCUUGGUCAUACCGCGCCGCGGAGCUACUCGAUAUGUCCGCCCUGGAAUCUUCGCCCUCAGCUUGGGAAUUGCGGUCGAGGUGCUUAGUCGUCGUCGAGCACUGCUGGGUGGGAAUGGGUAUAUGAUCGGCCUGAUGACGGCGUGGUGGCUCUUGUGGAGUGCGGCGCUCUUCGUGUUUUCGGAUAUUGAGGGUGACUUUCGACGCAUCGAACGAGGAGCUACAGCUAGUGAAUCGAUAUGUGAUGAUACAUCAGGUCGAGGUACUUCGCAGAGCCCAUUGCCCGAUAGAACAGGAGACUCAACCACUUCCAACUCCACAAGUUCCUCUCCAUCAGACAGAGAGGCGAUCCCUACGGCUAGUGCCGACAAUCACGGACUUGAGAAAUUCCACUGGCAAUCUUAUCCUCGAAAAUUGACGCACCGUAUUGAAUGGUGUGCAGGGCUUUUGUUCAAUCUCAGAGGACCAGAAUGGAACUGGCGUGCGCCACACCUAGGCCCUCUGCCCCGAUCCGUUCACGCGCAAGUACACACAGGGUUUCACGGCGACAAGUUCAAGGCGCAUGAUGAUGCUAUGUACAUUACUGCAAAGAUCCGCCUCCGAGCUGCCCUCUGGAAAUUCCUUGAGGGAUACCUUUUGCUAGACUGUCUUAAGGUUGUCAUGAUGCGGGAUUUAUACUUUCGGGGCAUCUUUACAAGUGAGAUGCCACCUCCAUUCCCGGUUUCUUACUUUGCGUCUAUUCCACUCUUCAUACGUUUCUACCGUUGCUUCGUCAGUUGCAUGGGUGUCUAUGUCGCACUCAACUUCGUCACGUCUCUCAAUCCUAUAUGUUUCCUCGGAUUGUCCAUGGCUUUCCCCAAUGCCGCUCGCAAGCUGACAGGCGCGCCGCUGGACGCAUCUUGGCUAUAUGCGGAUAGUUUUGGGCCAUUCAUCACCUCUGUUCUCGACCACGGACUAGCCGGAUGCUGGGGUCGAUGGUGGCACCAGCUCUUUCGCUAUGGCUUCACCGCAACGGCGCGUUGGAUUCUGUCCCUGCUUCCGACUAGGUGGGCGGCCUAUACUCGGGUCAGACGAAUCACCCAUAUCCUUGUUGCUUUUGCGAUCAGCGGUAUCAUCCAUGCUUCUGGCAGCUACACGCAGUUCGCGAAGACACAUCCUUUAUCUGGGCCAUUUCUGUUCUUUUUCCUUCAAGGCCUUGCGAUCAUCUGCGAGAAUAUUUUCAAGACAAUGGUUUUCCCCAGGCUACCCCUUGCAGAUACCCCGCGGUGGGUACGACGGUCUGCAAACGCAGUUUUUGUGUUCUGCUGGCUGCUCUACUCAGGGGCCUUCAUUGCAGACGACUUUGCCCGUGGCGGAUUGUGGCUGAUGGAGCCAGUGCCUCUCAGCCCGAUUCGCGGCCUAGGGCUUGCAUACGAUAAAGGAUGGUGGUGCUGGGACAAGCCGUGGUUCCGCUAUUGGAGCGAUGGGACAUACUGGGGUAGUGGCAUUCGCGUCAUUUAA